AUGUCAUUUGCUGGUCGUCUUAAAUGUUACAUCUCGAGUUUCUUGGUUAUUUAUGCCGUAUACUUAUUAACCUAUAAAUGCAAUAAGUUGGACGAAUCUCCAUUAGAACACGGAAUUGAGACAGUAUUCCAUCCAUUAUCCCACCAUCACAAUACAUUGUGUGAUGGAUUGAACAAGGGUGUUCAUUUCGUCAAUCCAUACUUUGAAACUGCCGGUAAUUAUUUCGGUCAACAUGUUCGUUCCCAUAGCUUGUUUAAGCAAUAUUCUGUUGAUGAUAAAUUAGAAGUUGUAAGAACUUCUUACUAUAGCUAUAUCCACCCAUUAGUGAUUAAACUCUUUGAAUUUUUCGAAGUUGUUGAAUAUCACGUUUAUCAACAUUUUGCCCAGCAAUGGGCUAGAGUCCAAGCAUUUUAUUCUAGCCAAAUUGCUCCAAAAUUGGCUUAA